CUCCUAAACCAGAAUUCGGUUACAAUGGUGCAGUAACUGCCACAUCUCCAGGAGGUGGUACUUAUCCAAAUGGUUCACCAGCUUCUACUGCCACGGCGGCUGGUGGUGGUACAGGUCCUGGGUCAGGGCGAACGAACUUCACCACCAAACAGUUAACAGAACUGGAAAAAGAGUUCCACUUCAACAAAUACCUUACUAGAGCACGGCGAAUAGAGAUAGCUUCAGCCCUCCAGCUCAACGAAACCCAGGUGAAAAUUUGGUUUCAAAAUAGAAGAAUGAAACAGAAAAAAAGAAUGAAAGAAGGCCUCCUACCCACCGAUGUAGGUUCCACCAAAGAGAACAGUCCAACCUGCACUACACCAACUCUCCUUAACAGUCCCCCAACUGCGGGAAGUGGCGCAACAACGCCAUUAUCUUCUAAAGAUGCAAACCAGUGACAUGAUUCCAUUUGUACUUCAUUUCGUGGUACAGCACAUAAGAAAACAGGAUUAUUCUAUUUCUAGCUCAUCAAAAAAUGUACAGAGAUUCGAUGGCUGGAAAUACUUAUGUAUCUAUGGCUUGCUUAGAGACCAGGGACUAUCUAAAGGACAGGGCCGUGCUUCUAUAAUGGCUUAUCUUGAAAACAGAACUGCCAAGGGCGCCUAUGAUGUAAGGGUUCCUAUUUUUGUGACUUCUAUUCCGUCGAAAUGUGAUGCCAUGUUAGAUUUUACAUCUAAGAGAAUGUUACUGUAAUUUUAAAUGUCAGCAGAGAAAAUGACAAUUUCUUGUCAAUUGGAAUGAAGUUCAAAGUAUCAGUUCAAAGGAAAUUUUGUGUGGCAUUAAAUCUUAUAUUAUUUAAAGUUAUUAUAUGAUGAUAUAUUGAGUAAAUAUAAGUAUUUGCUUUCUAUUUCAUAUGUAAAUAUUAAAUAUGUUUAGUUUUGAGUUAUAAAAUGUUUUAUGUGAAUAUUUUGUAACUCUUGUGAAAUGAAACAUUUAAUUAAAAGGAAAAUAAGGAUAUAUUUAUAUACAAAGGAGAAAAUUACAAAUAAGAAAAUGUAUAUUAGUCUUAAAUUACUGAAAAAAAAUUUUGUUUUUAUGCACAUUGAAUUUCAAUCUUGAUAAAUUUAGUAUUUAAUAAUAACUUAAUAUUUAAAUUUGAAGAGAAUGAAUGAAAUGAAACAGACACUUUUUGUGAUUCCAGAAAAGUAUGUAUUAUAUUAACAAAUUAAAUUAAAUUAUUUACUGACUUGAGGAUAUAUGUACUCACAAUCACAGCUUAAGAAGAUUCAAAUCUAAUUACAAAUUCACUAGAAAUAAUAUUUAAUACGUUUAAUUUACUCGUUUUUGUUUUUCUUUGGUCUGAGAAAUAUUUUAAUUAUACAAAUGCAUUAUUUUUCUUUUUGACAGAAAGUUUCAUUUUUUUA